AAUCCAGCACAGCUUUGUGGAACAUAUCAGUGAGUUCGUGGUUCCUGUUAUGUGUCGAAGCUACUAUGAAAAGUGGCAAGUUGUCUCGAAUUCCUGGCGCGUAUUGACGCAUAGAUGCUGAGCCGGCUCACCUUUGCUGAUUUUUAUUCCGAAUAUACUACCAACUAUGCCUGUUAUUGAAAUCCCAAAGGAGCAAUGGGCGCAAGUACUCGAAAAGCCCGGCGGCCUGGUUGUUCAUAAGAAAGUUCCCGUACAUAUGCCAGGUCCCGAUGAGGUCUUGGUCAAUGUAAAGUAUUCCGGAGUCUGUCAUACCGACUUACACGCUAUGAUGGGUGAUUGGCCACUAAAGAGGAAGAUGCCUCUAGUUGGUGGUCACGAAGGCGCUGGUGUCGUGGUCGCCAAGGGUGAGCUUGUCAUGAACAUAGAGAUUAGUGACCACGUUGGGAUCAAGUGGUUAAAUGGCUCUUGUUUAAACUGCACUUUCUGCUUACAAGGCGAUGAGCAGCUCUGUCCUCAGGCUCUCCUCUCCGGCUAUACAGUCGACGGCACUUUCCAGCAAUAUGCUAUUGCCAAGGCGGCACACAUCACCCGAAUCCCUAGCGAGUGUAGCCUGGAAGACGUUUGUCCGAUCCUUUGCGCAGGACUCACCGUUUACAAGGGGCUUAAAGAAUCUGGUGUUCGUCCGGGGCAAUAUGUCGCCAUAGUUGGUGCAGGUGGUGGCCUCGGAUGCUUCGCUCUACAGUACGCUAAGGCCAUGGGUGUCCACAGCAUUGCAAUCGACGCAGGGAACGAUAAAUUCAAGGUUUGCAAAGAUCUGGGUGCAGCAGCUUUUAUCGACUUCCAAGAGUCCUCAGAUAUUGCCGCUGAUGUUAGGGCCGCAGUCCCCGACGGGUUCGGGCCCCACGCUGUCCUCGUGCUCGCAACCCACGAGGCGCCAUUCCAGCAGGCAUACAAAUAUGUUCGAUCACACGGCAGUGUUGUUUGUAUUGGUAUGCCGGGCUAUGCAUAUCUCAAAGCACCAAUCUUCGCCACUGUCGUUCGCAUGGUCAACAUCAAAGGCAGUUAUGUGGGGAACCGCCAGGACGCAGCCGAGGCUAUUGAAUUCUUCCGACUUGGCCAGAUUAAAGCGCCACACAAGCUUAUUGGUUUGAGUCAUCUACAGGAUGUCUAUGAUAUGAUGCUUAAGGAUGAGAUUGUGGGUCGGUAUGUCGUUGAUACAAGCAAGUGAUAUCGGUUUCAAAGUUUUACCAUGAUAGUAUGACUGGUCAAGUUGAGAGAGAUGGCAUUGAAUCACCAUAUUGGCUGGCCACAUCUUUAGCUGGAAAAUCAUUUUACUUCAUAUAGUACUGGUAUAAAUGUUACUGAUUCUCAUACCUGCUAGAGCCUAGCUGCCUUUAAGCCGUGGG